AUGUUUGAAUCACAACUCGAGCAGCCACCAAUCCCGUCCAGCGACGUCUUCAACUAUGUCUUCCACCAUGGUCGACGCGCGUACCCUUGGAGCAAAGUGCUCUAUCGGAUGGACGGCACUGAUGAGACUCUGACCUUGGCGCAGCUUGAAGAGCAGAGCCGUCAGCUGGGGAUGGCCUUAAAGAACAAAUAUGAUAUUGAACCCAACGACGCCAUCUCUAUCUAUGCCAAGAACAGAAUCCAGUUCCCUGUGGCUUUCUUCGGUGUCUUAGCUGCUGGCGCCACUGUCGCCCUAGUUCCUAUGCAGGAUGGCAUGACGGCUACCGACAUUGCCUCGCGACUGAUUCAGGCCAAAUCUAAACUGCUCAUCACCGACAGCUCGCUGCUCAAGCUCUCAGAAUGUGCGUCCAGCCUUGCGGGCUGCGUCCGGAUCGUCAGUAUGGACCAAGCGGAUGCUCUCACGCCCAACAUGGCUACUCUGAUUGCUCAGUCCCGAGCAGAUCUCGCUGCCUUUGAGCUGACCACCCCCGAGGGGUCAGCUGACAAUGAUGCUAUCAUCAAUCGAACGAGUGGCUCCACUGGUGCAAUGAAGUCUGUGCUUACAACUCAUCGGCACUACAUCGCUACACUGGAAGGCACUGCGCGAACGGUACCUCCAGAUACUGAUCCCGCCGUUGACACAUGGCUGGCCAGCUCAUCGCUCGGCUUCUUCAUCAAUGCCAAGCUUUUCCUGUCACUGAAUAUUCUCUUGGGCGUACCUGUCGUGAUCAUGCCCGAGGCUAUGGACGAGACGUCCACCUCAGCCAUUGCGCGCCAUAACAUCACCUUUCUACUCGUAUUUCCACCUCUGGUGUCCAAAUUGGCGAAAUCGGACUUACGCCCCGAACAAGUGGGUAGCCUUAAAUGGCUGCUGUCAGCAGGAGCAUCGAUUCCAGAUAAUCUGCGGCUUGCUCUGGGGCAGAAGGUGCCCGGGGUUGGCCUGACGUUGGAAUGGGGCGCUAGUGAGACUAUGCUCAUCGCUAUCCAGACCACCGAUCCUGCAACACGGAAGAGCGGGUCCAGCGGGACACUGGUCAACGGAAUGCAAGCACGGGUGAUUAGCACGCUGACCGGUGAAGAUUUGGGGCCCAACGAAUGUGGCGAGAUCCUCGUCCGCAACAAGCUGGCUCCAUUCAAAGGCUAUAAGGAUAACGAGGCGGCCAACCGCGAUUUUGAUGUGGAUGGUUGGUUCCAUAUGGGCGAUUUCGGAUACCUCGACGCCGCGUGCAAUGUUUAUAUCAUCGACCGGCUCAAGGAGCUUCUCCGGGUGGGCGACGGCUACGGGAGCCGCAUCAACGUCACGGAACUUGAAGACGCUAUAUUUGACCACCCAGCCAUACACAGCAUGGUCGUGGCAGGUGUUUGGGAUGAGGCCUCGGCCACCGCCCUGCCUACUGCGUUUGUGGUGCCUACGCCUGCGUAUCGUCCGUGGGUGGGCUACUCGCUAACUCUAGAUAUCGAACAUCACGCUGCCAAUGUCCUUACGUAUCUCCUUGUAUCGCUAGCUCUGCUCUCACAUUCAUUCACUCCAGCGGCCUAUUGUUAUAAUCCAUAA